AUGGGCAAGGAUUCUGAGACCCCUAAUGAUAGGAGUGACACUAACCCUUCUUUGGCUAGUAAGUUAGAAUCUGGGACUCAACAAAACUCUCUGGGGGGAAAGAGUGUUGAUAAUCAAGCUGACAUUUCAGGUGACUUAGGUCACGAUCUGGUGGACUCUGUGGGGUUAGAAAAGGGGAGCAAUCUAGGUGGGGCUGUAGGAGUAGAGAAAGGUAAUGAGUCAAGUCCUUCCAAACAUGUUGACCUUAUGUGUUUGGAUAAUUUAGUGUCUUUCCCUGUUCAAAUGUCCACCUCUAGAUUAAGUAGUGAUUUAUCUCCCAUAUGUGGUAAGAAAAAAACUUCUUUGAAAAAACCUGUCAUUGAAGAUAGGAGGAAAUCUGUUGGGUCUACUAAAGAGUCUGUUUUCAUAAGCCUGGUGACAACACUAGAUGUUGGGGGGUUUUUGUUACUUAAGUACUGA